AAAGUCGUGAGGUUCUUGUGUAGACUUGCAGUAGCAUUGCUUCAAUAAAUUGCUUUCGUUCCCACUAACAUAAUGCUAGCCAUGAGUAAGUUCCAGAACUUGUUCGGAGCGGUGACAGUGUUCAUCAUCAUUCUUUCGGUCCAAACCAUGAGCAAUCCAAUCGGCGAGAGUCCUGACCAUGACUGGCACGAUGGACAUGCAACCUUCUACGGCGACAUGAAUGGAAGCGAAACCAUGCAGGGGGCUUGCGGAUAUGGUGAUCUCUUCCAACAAGGUUAUGGUCUAGAUACAGCAGCUCUAAGCACAACAUUGUUCAACAAUGGACUAACUUGCGGUGCUUGUUUCGAGAUCAUGUGCGUCCAUGAUCCACAAUGGUGCAUCCCUAAUGCAGGCACGAUCAAAAUUACUGCAACAAAUUUUUGUCCACCAAACUGGGCUCAAGGAGGCUGGUGCAACCCGCCAUACGAUCACUUCGACUUGUCCAUGCCUAUGUUCACAAAAAUCGCGCAAUACAAAGCUGGAAUAGUUCCGGUCAAGUUUCGCCGAGUCCCGUGUGCUAAAACAGGAGGGGUUAAGUUUGAGCUUAAAGGAAACCCCUUCUGGAUUACUGCUUUGGUUUACAAUGUGGGUGGUGCCGGUGAUGUUAACGCUGUCAGAAUCAAAGGAUCUAAUUCCGGUUGGCUUCAAAUGUCGCGCAAUUGGGGCCAAGUUUGGCAGACCAGCGCAGACUUAGUAGGGCAAAGCUUAUCAUUCCAAGUCACUACCAGUGAAGACAAAACUAUUGACUUUGAUAAUGUUGCACCAGGGAAUUGGCAAUUUGGUCAAACAUAUGAGGGGAAUGGUAACUUUUAGACAUAUAAAUAUAGUUUCUUGUGCAGAAAAUUGGAAACUUCAUCGUUCUUGUUAGGAGUGAUUUCUAAUUCUCCAUGUACGUAUGUAACUCGGGUCAUGCAUUCUGAAAUCUGAAGUUUAUAUAUAAUGGAAUAAAAAGUAUUUU